CCUUUUUUACCGGAUCACAAAUUGCAGUUUUCAGUCAAGAUUGUAUUGAAAGUCGGUAAAAUACCGACUUGUGGUGGCUUGACAUUUCUCAUGAAUUUUUCUCUUUGUGAAAGUGAUGCGGAUCAUUGGAUCUAUGCUGGCGAAGGAAAUCUAAAUUUAGUAGUAAGAUAUACAGGAGACAAUCAGAUCUAUAAAGGCAAGGUUUUGCGUGUUAUAAAAAAUAGCAAAAACAAACAAGGUCCAAUUCAAGAUACCAUAGUCUUUAAAAAACAAUUUUCUGAAAGGGUGAUUCAGCCAUUACUAGGAAAAGAAUAUGUUGUACAAAUGUCUCCUGUCGAAACUUCAAGUGGAUUCCUUAAAAGAUUGGCAAAGCACGUCGAACCAUUCCGACCUGCAUUUCGAACAGAUAGACAAAUCGUAACUGAUUCCCCGAUUUCAUUUCUUUUAAAUGACCUGACACAAGUUUGGCCCAAUUCACCCACAUUGACCUAUGAGUUAAAGCCAAAAUGGGGAUUUAAACCGGACUCAUCGUUCAUCUCAAGGAACGAUAUAAAAAAAUCCAGCUGUCGAUUUUGCAUGCAUUCAUAUUUACGAGAGAUCCCAGCCAAUGAUUUCUGUCCACUCGAUCUAUAUUCAGCAGACCGAUCCAGGAUCCAAAAAGCAGUACGCGUAUUAUUUACAGAAAAGUCAUUGAGCAAAACCUUAUCCGUCUCUGUAGAUGGCGAAAAGUUAUCAUUAGGCAGUGUAGAUCGCCAAAAUUUACUGGGAUUUACGAACAACGAUACCGAUUUGAUGCAAGAAAUUUUGACGAAUGUGAUUUUAAAGGACCCUAUAUUGCAAAUAAUCAAACAACUACAGACUCACUUGGAUGAAUUGGAUGUGGAAGGAAUAUAUUCGCUAUGUCAUCAGAAUAAAGAUCUUUUGAGACUUGUGACAGAUGAUAUAUGUAUAUGGAAAGAUGUUGUAGACCUUCAUCAAAAACGAAGACAAGAUAAUCCGGGUUUCUUUAUGGAUGGUGUUUGUAAUACAGAAGAGCAAAAGCAAAGGGUUUACGAAUACAUAUUAUCCAUGACAUUUAAAGACUGUUCCAUCAUGAUUAAUGUAACACCCAGUCAGGCAACAGACAUUAGCGACAAGACCAUCAGGCUUGCAAAUGGCCUGUCGUUUCGAUAUGAUGUGAAGGUAAUUGAUACUGAUUUAAAAAGUAUUGAGAAGAUUCCAUACUGGUUCGAGUUAGAUCAGUCCAUUGUAAAACAUGCAACGGAAACAAAUUUCGAAAAAAAAUGCCACUAAUCCCACUGCAACAUACGAAAAAAAAAAGGAGAUACAGAACCAGUCUUUUCUAGUAGAUUAAAAAAAUGGUGCAUUACUUAAAAUGUUACAUGGCGUACAAGUUCUUAAAAGUCCCUUAAAGACAACGCCCAAAAUUCUAUUCCAUUAAAAACAAAGUGAGUGUAGGCUAU